AGCAGAACAUACAUACAACACAUACAGGAACACAUUAAGGACUAAGGUUUGAUAACAUAGCAAAACGUGAUUCCUCAAUUGCAAGGUUUGAAGCUUUAAUCAAACAUUUCAGUACAUCAACAAUUUGUUCAUGUGAAUAUUUGUUAAAGUUUUCAAAAAGUUACAUUUUUCUGUGUGAUGCAGGUGAAGAGUUUAUCUGACAGAUGAAGGAUAUGGCUCACACUGUGCUUAUUUUAUUCUUUCUACUAAAGCUCUUUUGUGGUCUGUCUUGUGAUGGAGACGCUACAGUGAUGCACAAAACUCAUAAUACUGAAAUCCCAGCUCCUGAAAUUAUCAGAGAUUAUCCACCAUGUGAAGGACAUUCAAGCUCAAAAUGUCUUGUUGCAUGUUCGGUAUCGAACGUGGCAGACGCUCAGCUCUCGUGGUAUAACGGAAGCGAGUUGUACUCAAGCCUCAGAAUUUCUGAUCUCAACAAAAUCCUAUAUCUUCUGGUGGAAAAUGAUAAGAAAAACAACUACAGCUGUAUGGUUUCCAGUUCAGGCAUCAGUAAUACUUCAUACGUCAAUAUUUCCAGUCUCUGUCAGCAAUGUUCAGUAAACAUCACGACAACGAUUCUAGCGAGUGAAGGGGAGUCUGUCACAUUACCCACUUACCUUACUGAACUGAAGGACGGAGAUGACAUCAUGUGGUUUUAUGAGCACACGUUCAUUUCAGAAUUCUAUAGAAGCAUAAUAACAUAUCAUGACUGUAAUGAUGGACGAUUCUAUAACAGACUUCAACUGGAUAGUAAAAAUGGAUCUCUCACCAUCACGAACCUCACUAAAUCCCACUCUGGAACCUAUAAAUUAAAGAGUCCUACCGCAUCAUUACUUGAUCACAAUCAACAGUUGUGUCAGGGUUAUAACAUUACUGUCUUUGAUACUUUUCCAGAUCCUGUAAUCACCAAUGAUUCAACGCAGUGUUCAUCAUCAUCAUCAUCAAAAUGUGUGUUGUUGUGCUCAGUAAAUGUGACACAUGUGAGUCUCUCCUGGUACAAAGGAAACAGUUUAUUGUCCAGCAUCAGUGUGUCUGAUCUCAAAAGAAGCAACUUUCUAUGUCUGGAGGUGGAAUAUCAGGAUACAAACACAUACAGAUGUGUGGUGAACUACUCAUUCACCAACAAAACUACACGACUUGACAUCCAUGACCUAUGUAAAGAACACAUCCAGGAUCACAGAAUUGUCAUCAGUUGGUUUGAUAUUAUUAUUAUUAUUAUUAUUAUUAUUAUUAUUAUUAUUAUUAUUAGUAGUACACUGUAA